GUCGUUUGACGUGUUAACUUUCACGUUAAAAACUCCGCUCGAGAACCCGUCUGCUUCAAACUCUCGAAUCGUGUCGCUGUUAAAUUUUGCUUGCCACAGGUGUACAACAAUACCACAAUUAUUUUAUCGUCCUUUAUCCAAUCAGAAAGCUUAGAAAUAACAUGUGAUCGGACGCGUGCAGCUGAGGGUCUCAUGGCGCGGUCGCGGAUUUGAGAGGUGGCAACAAAAAUGGCGUCUGGAGAAGGCUAGGGUCUUGAUUUCAGUCUUUGGUGAAGGAUUUUGGAUAACAUUAACAUCUUACGGAACGAUAUGGCUCUGGAGUUAAAGUUGCACAGUCCUGCUGGAGCAGAGGCUAUUGUAUAUACGUGGCCGCUACAGAAAUCGGACGGCAGAGAUGAGGCGGCAGAAAUUGUGGAGACCAUCAGAUGGGUGUGUGCUGAUUUUCCAGAGCUGAAACUCGCUGUUGAGAACUAUGUUCUUCGUGAGUUUGAUCCGAGCAGCUUUGAGAGCAUGUCCAAACUCUGCGAACGAUACAACAGAGCGAUCGAUGGAAUUUUACAAUUGUGGAAAGGCCGUGCCCCUCCUACAUGUAUCAAUGUUCCGCCAUCCCAAGAACUUCUGCGUCAUAUUAUACAGCAGGUUUACAGUCACUCUGUUAAAGAUCCUGAUAAGUUGAAUGAUUAUGAGCCAUUUUCUCCCGAGGUAUAUGGUGAAACAUCAUUUGAGCUCGUGGCCCAAAUGAUAAAGGAAGUUCCCAUGAGUCGUAAUGACGUUUUUAUUGAUCUGGGAAGUGGUGUCGGUCAGGUGGUGCUACAAGUUGCGGCUUCCGGAAAUGUGAAGGAGUGUUAUGGUAUAGAAAAAGCAGAAAUACCGGCAAAAUAUGCUGAGGAUAUGGAUAGGGAAUUUCGUAAAUGGAUGCGCUGGUUUGGCAAAACACACAAACCUUACAAGCUUGAAAAAGGUGAUUUCCUUGACAACAAGAUGAGAGAAAAGAUACAGUCUGCAGGAAUUGUGUUUGUCAACAAUUUUGCAUUUGGACCAGGAGUGGACCACAAACUAAAGGAACGAUUUGCCUCUAUGAGAGAAGGUGCCAAGAUCAUUUCAUCCAAAGCAUUUUGUUCACUAAACUUCAGAACCACUUCUCGUAAUUUAUCAGAUAUCGGCACUAUACUACGUGUUUCUGAGCUCAAGCCCAGUGGACGUGCAGUAUCAUGGACAGGAAAACCAGUCUCAUAUUUUGUCCAUGUCAUUGACAGGACUUUACUCGAGCAAUAUUUUGCUGACCUCAAGAGAAGAAAGGAGGGCCGAGACUACAGUGACACGAGCAGCUUAAGUGACUCAAUGGCAAGCAUUCCAAACUUUGAAGAACUGGAUGACGUUCUCUUUGGAGUCUCGACCAGACACCAAUGGAACCAGCUCAUCAACCAAAUUGAGGCUACUAACAAGGCAAAUAAAAGUGGGAGUAGAAACCGGAAGAGAAACAAUAACUCCAAGAUUGUGCUACAAGAACAGAACAGUGACAUACUUUCUGUAGGACAAGAACAGAAGGGCGGGGCUAAGGGACGGCAACCAUCAUUUGCACAGAAGGUUAGAAAGAAAUACCAGAAGCAGCAAAACAAAAAAGCCCAGAAACUGAAAAAGGGUGUGAAGAAUAGCAAAGGAAAAGGAAAACAAAAGCCAAGACCUAAGAAAAAUUCCAUGACAAAGGUGAGAACAAAGCAGACAUCCAAAGCAAGUGAAAAAAGACAGAGGGACUCUCUUGCUGUGACAGCCUUGGAAAAUGCAACAGUAGCUGCUUUACAGAGCCUUCGAAAGAGGAGUGGCCAGAGCCAUGGAAUGAGAAUUUCGUCAGCAUCUCCACCACCCAUACUUAACAGCUUCAGUAUAGAGCAGUGCUUCCCUGCCCUGGAACAGCUUAUGGAUGUUUACCGUUACCAGUUUCUUCACUUCAUUUGUCACAUGCAUUCAUCUGAAUACAAAGAAAAUCUCAAGAGACAGAUUGAGGAGCAGAAGGCAAGGAAGAAAGAAUUGAUGGGAAAAGUUAGUCAAGCAGAACACCAUGUUGAUUCGUUACAAAAGGAAGCUUUAGGAAAUCUUCAAUUACGUAUGAACGAGAUUGGUUUAACAGCGAAGACUCCUCGAGAGCUACUCAUGAAGGCUGGAGAGCUGUUAGGAGAGCACAAGAAGAUGAAAGACAAAGUCAAACGGCUGGAGAAGGAAGUUAAACAUCUGGAGAAACACAAGAACCACCACUCUCUUGGUGAAAGAAAUUUUGCGAAGGACGGAAAGCCCGCCAAUGGAGAAGUUGGUGUUCUACAAAAAUUGGGGAACUCUCCAGCUAAAGUCCAAGAGAGCCUAAUGAGCCACCUUUACGAAGAGUUAGCGAAACGAAAGGCAUUGGUUGAGAAAGUUAACAAGCUACAGAGCGAGGUUGACCAACUGGACUCCAGAAAGGCAGUGCCUGAAAAGACUAGCUUCUCCCCCUCACCGUCUUCAACAAGUGUAUCCGCAUCAACAAGUACAGGGAUCUCUAUGGUGCCUUCUGCACAAACCAUGAAGGCAGUCACGACUCCAUCCUCUGCAAGUUUAGGUUCACCCGGUUUGUUUGGCAGCCAUUCUCAGAAGUCUUUAGGCUCAAUUUCACCUGGGAGUGAUUCGUCUCCGAGUCCCAUUUCGAAAUCAUCAGGAGUUAUGUCAGUUCCAUUUUCAUCGAUGAAUCCCUCCAAAUCCCAGGCGCAACCACAUCACUGCAGUACGCAAGCUCAAGUUAUCAACGCUUGUCGUCCUUAUUUGGUGCAAUCUGUAGGUUUACCGAUGCAGAUGGUCACGUACAUCGAUAAAGAUGGCAGAGCGAUCACUUCUGCUCCUAACACGAAGCAAAUGAGUCAAAAAGGAAACGGCGCUAAAAAGAAGUCGCGUGCGACUAACCAAUCAAAACAGGACGCCAGCGUCUCACUUCCGUCUUCACCAGCGUUGUUGAGCCCACGGACGGUUAGUACAGUGGUCUCUCCUUCUAUUCCAGCAGGUUCUGUGAGGCAGUCACCAAGUGUCUCUCGUCCCCUUCAGCCUCUUAUCACCUCUCCAGUGACACCAGUGAAUGCCUCACCCCGCCCUAGAAGCGAGCUGCUGUCUCCCGUGUCCUUGCUGACAUCACCCGUGACACCGACACCUGUUAGGCAGGUGACUCCUAUGACAUCUGGCAGCGAAGUGCCCCCGAUGGUGUCCUUCGCUCAGAAUGGACUCUCUUACAUCUCUCCGCUGAGUCCUCUGUCGAUCAUGUCUGCUGCCGCUUCUCGGACACCCACCUCUCGCGUCACACCCCUGAGUUCCCUGUCUGCCUCUACAGAGAAAUACUUGAACACUUUCGCGACACAGAUGGCCACAACAACUUCAACGCCCUCGUUCUCCAGUGCCUCGCAGAGCUCGUGCGUUUCCACCAACCAGUUAUCAUACGUGGGCAGAGCUCCAUUUCCAAACACGGACUUAUCAACGGACCACAGUGCUGGUAUCAAACUGUUGUGCGAUCUGCUGAAUGAUACGUUGCCUGAACAGCCGCCGCCUCUUGUAGCAACAUCCCUUGCUGCGCGGUCUCUAGGAACGCCGACGUCUUUAGCUACAGCCUCUUCUAUCCAGGAUUCCUCUAGAGUAGAACAAAGACGACACGUGGAUACCCCACCAUCUCUACCCAGUAGGAGCGCAUCCAAGUCUCCUAAAACCCCUCCCGUAGGAAAUGUUUCUGCAAGUCCGUUGCCUGGAGCUGUCACAUCUUCCAUGGAGCAGCCGAGUUCUGCUCAACGGACUCCAACGCGCAGCGCAACCUCACCAACAGGCAAGAAGAGGUCUUCACCUUUUACUAUUGACAACCUCGUAAGUUCAACCCCGGAAACCCAAACAGGGAAUAGCAAAAGUCCGAAAGGGAGAGAAGUGGAAAAAAGGCACCCGAGCCCUGCAACAACCAGCAAUGGCAGCCCUAAAGCCAGAAAUAAGUCACCUUCAACAAACUUCAGCAUUGCGCAUAUAACGCGUGACAUGAACUCGUCGCGUGACAUGAACUCGCCAAACAUAUCAAGUAAAACCCGCAUGCCUUUUGUGACAAGCCCUGGCACUUACCCAUUGCCAACAUCAGUUUUCUCAGACGAGGUGAACCAACACCAGCGAAGAAUAUCUCCAUCAUCGCCAAAGUUGUCACCUCCAGAGCAAGGUUGUCGUGUUGAAUCUAGCGGCAUAGCCCCUUCAAACAUGGCCCAGAGCUCCACAGGGGCUGACAGAAGUGGUCGUGUUCCUGCUCCAGUUCUUACGGGCCCUGAUUCACAUUCUGCACCCGCUGUAAGAACACCCACUGAAGUGGAUCCACCGGGUCAUGGUAAAUCAAAUGUGGUCUCGGACGUGGUGUCGAAACGUGUUCCUCUCCAAGAUACAAAAACAGAUAGUCCUCGUAAAGAGGUUUCAGUGGACGAACCAAAGACUGACCCUUCUCUGGGUCAUCAUUUCGCAGACAAGGAUCGCAGUAGUAAAGAAACUGCUGUGGCAAAUCGUGCGACUGUCGUCGCUAAAACUGCGUCCAGCGAGGUGAGCUCCUCCAAUACUUCCGUGGACAAGACAUCUUCGAGUACUUCUUCCCCAACAGAAAACCCUAGCGCCACCUUCUUUCCCGAGAUUCCUCUCGAUAUGAUACCGCUUCCCAGCGGAAAAAGACCCAGCCCUAAAAAAAGAACAAGCCCAACUAAUUCGUCAGGCCGGAAGCGUUGUUCUCCUGUGCCCCAGGCUCCCAAGUCCGCGAGUCCCGACUCGGAGGUCAGCAGUCUUAUGGCCAAUGAAACUCUUCCCCAGUCUCCAUCCAUCUCGUCGUCAGUUUCCAAGGCGGGGUCAGCGGUGUUAGAAGGCCAGGCUCCUGUGCUAGUGGACAGCAACCCCUGUUCUGCUCGUAGCCCGAUACCUGUAGCACCCUCCCCGAGGCUGCACUCUCUUACCGGAGUGUCGCUGCCUUCAUUUGGAAGUGUCUUUUCGCCCACAAAAGAAGGAGAGUCUGCGAAGUUAAAGAAAAACAGUUCUGAAGCUUCUGAAAAGCCCAGCCAGUCAGCAAAGCAAACCUCGGAGCCUCCUGCAAAGAAACGUAAGCGAAAAGAGAAAAAGAAAACUCCCGGUCAAGCCAUUGGAGCUCUGAGUUUGUUGGUCCAGUAUGAUAGCGAUAGCACAAGCUCUUGCGGGACUCACACCGAAAGUGACGACAGCUCUGGGCAUAGUGGUAGCCCGGUCAGCGGCACACCUAGCCCUGUUGUCGUGGAAACGAGCUCGGACUCUUCUCGGCAUCAGUCUUUGGGGGCGUCACAGGAGGUGUCGGCGAACAGCGUUUCCCAGCUCAAUGGCGGUACGCCGAAAAACGGCGGCGGUGGUGGAACUGCCCACAAGAAACGCCCCAGCAAUGGAAAGAGCCCCGUGGAGAAGAAGAAGCCCAGAGGAGGCAGUACCUCACGAGGCGACCCUCAUCCUCCGUUAGUGAAUCUUAACGACACUGUGGCAUCCAUGCAGCAGUUGAAGGGCGGGGCACCCAACGCUCCAAUGCCCGGCAAUUCUCCUUGUUACCAGGUCUACUCGUCUGCGUAUCCGGCUUACCCGACUCCUGGGAGCCAGUACUCGGCGGCUGGCGUGUCUGGUUAUGCCCUGCCCAGUUUUUCUCUUCCAACUGGCUCGCUGAACUUUCCCUCGCCAGGUCACUCUCAAUAUGCUGCAUCCCUGCCGCAGUACUAUCCCGGGGAUGCACAUCAUGCUCCCCCCGGCUACAGCACAUCACCGGGCGCAUACUUCCCUCAGUGGCGGACCAGUUAUGCUCCUAUGCAGUGUCAAGGCUCAUUACCUCCGAAAUUCAACUAUGCAAACAGUGGGAACAAUGGGAAAAAUGUGUAUAGAUAAAUACUAGUAUACAAGGAUUAGUCUAUUUAUACUACAUAUGUAUGUAUAAAUUUAUCAUAGGUGCAGAAACUUUGGUUGACUAUUUAUCAUAGUGGGGAAUUGAUUUCUCAAGGGGGUCUCGUUGGGGAGAACAUUUUUGUGCUUUAGGAAAACAAUGUUUAAAUUUUUUUACGUAGGAAUCACGGACUUUUAUGCUUUUUACAAUUUCUCUGAUGGAUUCUGUGUUAGUGGUCUUAGGAUCACUAAUUUCAUCUUCGUUUUUCUUUUCGUCCGUUUUAAGUCUUUUUUUAAACUAUUGUAUUGAUUCUCGAGUAAGGACCCUGUUCGGUCGGAAGUAAAAGUGUAAAUAAGCCGCGUUAUUCGCUAGAGACGUUGCUAAGUAACAGUGACGCAUCGUGAUGACGACGGUGUUCGUCCUAGUUUUUUGAUUGGACAGAAAGAAUCGGGAAGUUAUCGGGAAUUCUUCGUGAUUUCCGCGAACGAUCCUUGUUUCCUUUAUGUCCCUGUUCAUGUCGUUGAACUUUGAGGUAAUUCACUUGUUUUCCCCUUUAAGUUUCGUUCGUUCAUCCGUUGUUUGUCCUCUGCCUGGCAUACUGGGGUUCUAGACUCAACUGCUCUUUUGCUGAAACAAAAUGCAACGCUUUCACUCAGCUGCGCACACUGGCUCCCACUUUCAGAAUGGAAUGAAAGCUACUGAGCAGUACUUUCAUGUGGUACUGUUUAUUAUGCUUUACAAGGUGAUUCUAACUUCUAAGUCUGGAUGAAACCUUAAUAUGUGACCAUUCAAAUGAAAGCUGUUGAGCUGUACUUUUAUGUGGUACUGUUUAUUAUGCUGUGCAAGGUGAUUCUAACUUGUAAAUCUGUGGAUGAAACCCUAGUGUGUGAUCAUUCAUGUGGUCCAGCUUCUUUGAGACCUUGUUUUCGAUUUCGAAUUCGGUCAGUCUUUGAGAGUGAGACAAUACGUUUUAAAAUGUGUUGUUCUGGUUCUUCGCGCGUUGUAGCGCGUCCUGUUUAAUUAAUAUCUCGAACCCUUUAAUUCCAGGGAUCAAAAUGUUCAACUCGUUUCGUUUCUCGUUUCGUUUCAUUUUCUUUUGAUGUAACUUAGAGAAAUUUGUGAUACAUGAAGAUUUUAGCCUCUGGUCAACAUCAAUAUUCAAAUUCUCAUUACUAGUCUUCAUACAUUUCCUAUGGAGUUAGUUAGGAGAAUUUGGUGAUCAAGUAUACUUAAAUUUUGAUGCUUAUCAUUCUUGGGGCUUAAAGGGUUUUAGAUUUUGACGAUAUUGCAACUUGAGUUGAAAAUUCACUAUUUCUCCGUUAUUGGCAAAACAUGGGAAGACUGUAAUCUUUUUUCAAGCAAAAUCCUGGAUCCUUCAUUGUAAAUAUUAUUGAUAGAAAAACUGUUGUUUAUUGAACACGUCAGAAAUAUACGCAGCGGCAAAACUUGUUUAUGCCUGACGAGAAAAGAAACGCUAUUUUUAUCAAUAAAAUCUUACAUGUUGUAUAAA